AUGAAUGAAAUAACAAGUGAGUCAUUCACUAUUUCAUUACCAAAACCAACUGUUGUUGGUGAAGAGUUAAGUAAACGAUUUGUUGGAAAUGAAAGUGUUGGAACACCCCAUCUUAUUAAUUGUUGUGAAUCUAUUAAUCAAAUUAAAGGAAUUGGAUUAAAUGAAGGUGAAGACGUAGAUGAAUAUAAAAGUGUUAUUGUUAUUAAUAACAUUCCUAUGACAUUUUCUUCAAAUGAGUUAAUCAAUAGGAUAGAGAAGUGUGUGUCAUGUUUUUAUGACCAAUUUUUCUGUCUGAAGCAAGAUAGUGAUUAUUAUAAAGCUGUUGUGAGAGUUACUAACAAAAUGGUUAUCAAUUCAUUAUUCAAAUCUUUUGAUAAUAUAUUUCUUGAAGAUGACCAAGACAAAUUAUGUUGUGUUCAUGAAUCACAUAUUCAAGGAGUUCAAUUUACAAACUCACUUCAUUUAUUAUUGUGUUAA